CAGAAGACAAUUUGAAAUUGUGGCAGUUCCUUAGUGUGUCAUGGAUGGCACCGCUCAUCUCCAUUGGGAAGAAAAGACGAUUGGACGAGGACGACGUCUGGUUCCUUGGCUUCGAAUUUCAACAUCGCAGGUUACAUGAGAAGUUUCGUCGACUUAAAGGCUCAGUGAUUGGUCGUCUGCUUCGUGCGAAUGGGAUUGAUCUAGUGAUUGUUUCCACCAUUGCAAUUGUGAUGAUGAUAUGCGACUUUGCGACUCCAAUCUUGUUGCAGCAACUCCUUCAAGCCAUGCAGGACAUGAGCUCAGGGAAACGUCCUGCCAUGACCUAUGCGCUGGUCACUCUCGUCCUUCGUGUGGUUGCGGCACAAUCGCAAGUACUCAACCUUUGGUUUGGUAGACGAUGCUACGAAAGAAGCAGAGGGGAGAUGAUCAUGAUGGUCUACGAGAAGGCACUCUCCAGGAAGAACGUUUUUGACCCCCAGUCAGAACAAAAGGAUGAAGGGGCCGCAAACGGAGAGCUUGCCGAAGAAGAUGCUGACGAUGAAGCGGAGAUUCCCAAGCGAAAGAAACUUUGUGGGAUAUUCUCUGGGCGCCGGCAAACCACAAAAAAGCCGGCUAAAACGGCUGCCUCGAUGGGCAAGAUUUUCAAUUUGCUCCGUGGUGAUGUCUAUGAAGUCGCCCAGCGGUUUUGGGAAGUCGACUCCUUGAUUGACAAACCUCUGGGACUUGUCAUUGCAAUCGUGCUUGUUUGGAAGCUGUUUGGGCCAUCAUGCUUCCUGGGGAUCCUAGCAAUCCUGGUUGCUCAGGUGUUGAACGCCGUCAUUACUCGCACCCUUCUCCGUUGGGAGCGAGUGCGGAGACUCGCAACAGAUGCCAGACUUCAGAUAACCUCUCAGUUUGUCGAAGCGCUUCGUCACCUGCGUUGGUAUGGCUGGCAGGAUCACUGGUACCGGCAGGUUAUGGAUGCUAGGCAGUCGGAGCUGAACCUUCGUAUCAUCACCAACCUGUGGAGCAUCCUGAUUCGUUUCGUGAACACUUUUGCUAGCGGGGUGUUUCCUGUAGUUGCCCUCUAUGCCUACACACUUCUGGCCCGUCAUCCUCUGCGCAUUGAUAUAAUCUUCCCUGCCUUGCAGCUAUUUACUAUGCUAGAGACCCGUCUUAGGGAUAUCCCUGGCCUCAUAACGGUACUGAUCAAUGCAUCUAUCGCCGUCGAAAGAAUUGAGGACUUCAUGGCCGAGCCGAAUAAGGAGACACCUGCCACCGAACCCGCCGACUCUGCUUCCAUUCAGCUACAACAUUGCUCAUAUGCUUGGCCUGGUCGAGUCGUCCCGGUGCUCUCAGAUAUCAAUUUGACGAUAACCAAGGGUCUGACUGUCGUUUCUGGUAAGGUAGGGGCCGGCAAAACGGCUCUACUUCAAGCGCUACUCGGCGAGCUGGACAGAAUUGGCGGCUCCGCUGAGAUCCCUAAUGAGAUGGUGGGCUAUUGUGCUCAAACACCCUGGCUCCAGAGCAUGAGCAUCCGAGACAACAUCCUUUUCUCCUCGCCAUAUGAUGAGCAAAGGUACCAGAAAGUUUUGGAUGCAUGUGCUUUGCUUCCUGAUCUCGAGAAUUUCGAGCAUGGAGACCUCUCUUUUGUGGGUGAGAAUGGUAUAGGCCUUUCUGGCGGCCAGAAAGCUCGCGUCGCGCUGGCGCGAGCACUUUAUAGUACCGCUAGGAUUUUAUUGCUUGACGACCCAAUCUCUGCUCUUGAUCACAACACUGCUGAGACCGUGGUUCGAAAGUGCUUUACGGGUCCUCUGAUGCAGGACCGCGUCGUUGUUCUAGUUACGCAUCGUACGGCGCUGGUCAGUCAUAUCGCAGAUCAAAUAGUCCAUAUUGAAGAUGGCCGGGCUACAAUUCACGGUAAACAGGCUGUGUCUAUGGAUUCGGCCACUGAUGAAGGUGUCCAAUCCUUAGCAAAGUCAGCCGAGGCCCAAAGUGAGAUUCAAGGCGCUCUUCGAGAGGCUGCGGCUUCUGCCCCGACAAAGUUUAUGGAUGAAGAGCACCGUGCGGAAUGGGGUGUGCAAGCCCGAGUCUAUUGGAACUACAUCAGGGCUGGAAAAUACAGAUGGUGGAUCUCACUAGUAUUUAUCUUGGCCAUCUACCGAUUGACAUCGGUAGGACAAUCGUGGUUCCUAAAGGAGUGGGGCAGAUAUUCCGCAGGGCAAUGGGUUAUACCGUAUGGGUGGUCCCAGGUGUUCCAUUGGGACCAAAGCGAUCCCCUGGAGAAAUUGCCAGCGCCAUUCGAUGAUGUACGUCCUUGGCUUCUGGCCUUCUUUGUGAUAACGACGUUCCAAUCGGCCAUGCUUCUGUUUGCACAACUUCUGAUGCUGGUCAUCGUCUACUGUGCAGGCAAGAAGCUCUUUCACGAGGUCAUGGUUCGAGUAAGCCAUGCAACAUUCCGCUUCUUCGAUGUCACUCCUAUCGGCCGGUUGAUGAACCGACUGACAUCGGAUAUCGGAGUGGUCGACGGUAAUAUUAGUGAACAAUUCCAGGCUAUCGCUUUCCAAGCCAUCACCUGGAUCUCCUCGAUUGUGGUGAUCGCGUCGGUAACACCGGCAUUUCUUGGAUUCUCCUUCGCUCUCACUGCGGCAUUCAUUUUCACGUUUCUUCAAUUUCUGCCAACAUCCCAAAGCUUGCGGCGUCUUGAGAUGGUGUCCCUUAGUCCUUUGAUCUCAAAUUUUGGCGAGCUCUUGCAUGGUCUCACGACUGUUCGUGCGUUCCACGCGGAAAAACGCUUCCAAAACAGAGUCAUUGCGGUGGUAGAUAAAUUCCAGGGCAUGGAUCAUUUCUACUGGUCGCUUCAAAGCUGGCUAAUGUAUCGAUUCGAGACACUGUCAGCUGCGUCCACGUUUUGCCUCACCGUUCUGGCAUUAUACACCGAUGUCACUCCAGGUCUGGCGGCAUUUGUACUGAUAGCCGCCAAUAACUUUGUUACAUCCACUCAUGCUUUGUGCAAACAAUAUGGACAGCUACAAAUGGAUUUUGUCUCGGUUGAGCGGAUUGAUGAGCUGCUUCAUAUUGAGCAGGAGAAUCCAGGGACUAUUGAGCCCCCAGCGUCGUGGCCGCGGUUCGGGCAGGACAUCACAUUCGAAGACGUUACCAUUCGUUACGCACCGCACCUGGAGCCUUCACUCCGCAACAUUUCUCUUAGAAUCCCCGGGGGAUCUACGACGGCCAUCAUAGGCAGAACAGGAAGUGGCAAGUCCACGCUAGCUGUCUCAUUGCUCAGUGUUAUUCGCCCUGAAUCAGGCCGGAUCGUCGUCGACGGCAUCGAUAUCGCCCAAGUCAAUACGCAAGCGCUCCGAACCCGCGUCACAUUCGUUGCUCAAGAUCCUGUUCUCUUCCCUGGCAGCAUCCGGUUGAAUCUCGAUCCAACCGGUGAAUACUCGGACGAGGAGUGUGCAGAUGUGCUGAAGCGUGUCUGUAGUCGGCAUGGCUGGAAUUUGCAGACGCACGUCGAAGCCGGUGGCCGCAACCUCAGCCAGGGCGAGCGGCAGCUGAUCGGUCUCACGCGGGCUGUCUUGCGUCACAGUCCGAUUGUCAUUCUCGACGAGGCUACCGCGUCUAUCGACCAUGAAAGCUCCCUUGAGAUUCAGCAGGUCAUAAGGGAGGAACUACGGGAGUCGACCGUCAUCACCAUUGCGCACCGGUUGGAAGCAAUCAAGGAUGCGGAUUACUACGUCGUCCUAGAUCAGGGACGGGUAUCAAAGCAUGGCUAUGUCAAUGAUAAAGGUACUUCUCAGAUACAGUCAUAGAUAGAAAGAUUAGAAAAUCUACUAGA